UCCUUUAAUAGUUGCUGGCCUGACCCGGCUUGGGCUCCUGCUUUACCUCCUGUUCUACUGUGACUGCAGCUGCUGUGCUGACUCAUGUGUCCUGGCAGCCAGCAAGAGCUGGGAGCAUGGGCUUCCCAGGGGCCCUGUCACGCUGGGGUCUUCUGGAUUACAAAACUGAGAAGUAUGUGAUGACCAGGAACUGGCGGGUGGGCAUCCUGCAAAGGCUACUGCAGCUCGGGGUCGUGGUCUACGUAGUAGGGUGGGCCCUCCUCGUCAAGAAAGGCUACCAGGAGCAGGACCUGGAUCCACAGAUUUCUGUUAUCACCAAACUCAAAGGGGUUUCUGUGACCCAGAUCAAGGACCUGGGGAAUCGGCUGUGGGAUGUGGCUGACUUCGUGAAGCCGGCACAGGGAGAGAAUGUGUUCUUCUUGGUGACCAAUUUUCUGGUGACGCCAGAACAAGUUCAGGGCAGAUGCCCAGAGGACCCCUCCAUCCCACUGGCUAACUGCUGGGCCCACGAAGACUGUCCUGAAGGGGAGACGGGGACAUAUAGCCACGGCAUAAAAACGGGCCAGUGUGUGGUGUUCAACGGGACCCAUAAAACCUGUGAGAUCUGGGGCUGGUGCCCCGUGGAGAGCAGAACUGUGCCUGUGAAGCCCCUGCUGGUCCAGGCCAAGAACUUCACACUGUUCAUAAAAAACACCGUCACCUUCAGCAAGUUCAACUUCUCCAAGUCCAAUGCCUUAGAGACCUGGGACAACACCUAUUUCAAACGAUGCCGCUACGAUCCACUCUCCAGCCCCUUCUGCCCAGUGUUCCAAAUUGGGGACCUUGUGGCUGCAGCUGGAGGGGACUUUGAGGACCUGGCAUUGCUGGGCGGUUCUGUAGGCAUCGGUGUCCGCUGGGAUUGUGACCUGGAUGCUGGGGGCUCUGACUGCCGACCCCACUACUCCUUCCAGCUGCAGGAGAGGAGCUACAACUUCAGGACAGCCACUCAUUGGCUGGAGGACUCGGGUGUGGAGGCCCGGAGCUUGCUCAAGCUCUACGGGAUCCGCUUCGAUAUCCUAGUCACUGGACGGGUAGGGAAGUUUGGAAUCAUCCCCACAACCAUCACUCUGGCCACUGGAGCAGCUUGGCUGGGCGUGAUCACUUUCUUCUGUGACCUGCUGCUAUUGUAUGUGGAUGGAGAAUCCCAUUUCUACUGGAUGACCAAGUAUGAGGAGGCAAAGGCUCCGAAGGUGACCUCCGAACCUGAGCAGACGGAGCUGACCUCCACACCCCCACACCCAGCUGCGCAGGUGCCUUAGAGGAGCCCAGCACCUUCCCCCAUGGGCACUGCUGCUGCUAGGACCCAGACAUCGACGCCAAGGUGGCCCUGCCCAGGCUCUGUCCCCCACUCACUGGUCCAUUCCUGAGGCCUGUAACCAUUUCCUGCUGGCUGGGGGAUGGGAAGGGUAGAGGCCCCGCCUUGAGGACCUCAUGGAUGAAGCCCCUGCAGAACCAGGGCGGGGGCGGGGGUGGGGGUGAGAGAAGAAUUCUACCUUCAAUUCCUAGGCAGAUUGUCCCUAGCCUGACUCCAGCUUCGUUCGGCGCGGCCUGGGGAGCAACUGAAACCAGUUUUGUAUAGAGAGCUGCAAUGGUACAGAAGCCAUGCAGAAGGGAGCCCUGCGCGCCACAUGGCAGGACACUGGUCCAGUGGGGCUCCUGCUGUGUCUGUCUGCAGAACUCUCUCCCAGGCUGUCCCCAGUGCUCCCAGCAGUGGCCCGCUCACCAGCUGACAGCACUGGCCCUCACACUGACUCCAGCCUUGCCUGGCUUCUAGCCCUCCUCCCUCUGUAUUCAUCACAGGUCGAGCCCCCCCAACUUUGCUGUACUGGGGACAGUGCAGCCAGAGUCUACCAGCAAGGUAGAGGAGGCCCGACAAAAGGGGUUGUCUCAGCUGCUCUGAUGCUGGGUUGUGUAGGGCAGGUCCCACCCAGAUGUGGUCCUUGUCCAUGGAAUGGAGAGUGAGGUGGGCAGAUGAUCCAACCCACCAGGACGCCAGGCAAGGGCACAGGCACCUCUUGGGCCCACAUCUGCUCAGCGUAUGAGUAAUGACCCCUUCCCAGUGGCAGCCCUCAGCCUAUGGAGGGCUGAGAUGGGGAGGGGACGAUGGAGGGUCUGAGUUGGUAGUCAUUGGGAGCUUUGUGACCUUCUAUAUACCUCCUUGGAGACCACCCCCCGAACCUAACCCCUGGAACCUGUCCACUGGGCUUCCUGGGAGCCAGGGGAGUGGAGAGAAUAUACACCUUGAAUUUACUCUUGCCCAAUGUCAUGCCUAAAAACUUGUCUGGGUACCUGCAUGCUGGAGGCCUUGACCAUGACCCCAUGUGGAACCCAGUGGCUGAAGGAAUGUCCCCAACAAAGGACACUGAUGCCCCA